AUGUUCCACCAAAUUCGAAUUAUACCAGAGGACACACACUCGCAACGAUUUCUGUUCCGCUUCGAUGUAACUCAACCACCAGAUGUUUAUAUAAUGGACGUUGCUACAUUUGGUGCCACUUGCUCACCAUGCUCAGCGCAGCAUGUAAUGCAUCGGAAUGCUGAUGAUAACGCGAAGGAAUUCCCAGAAGCAGCAGCAGCAAUCAAAGAAAAAACGUACAUGGACGAUUACUUCGACAGCGCUGACACCCCAGAAGAAGCCUCAGAGAGAGCCACUCAAGUAAAACUGAUUCAUUCACGAUGUGGGUUUAACAUGCGGAACUGGGUCAGCAACAGCACUGGAGUAUUGCAACGCUUAGGAGAAAUGGCCGAACAGAAAAUAUUAUCUUUCGACUGCAGUCAAGAAGAAAAACAACAGCGAGUGCUUGGAAUAGCAUGGGAACCUAAGAAGGAUGUCUUUAUAUUCUCUACUAGCUGGCACAGCGACCUGGCCCCGUACGUAUUCGAAGAGCUCCGACCAACUAAACGAAUAAUUCUUCGCAUCGUUAUGAGCCUUUUCGACCCGCUGGGGUUGCUUGCACCAUUCUUAAUUCAUGGUCGGAUGUUGAUACAAGACCUAUGGCGACGUGGCUUAGAUUGGGACACCAAAGUGAGCGAUAAGGAGCUCGAGAAGUGGCGACGAUGGGUCAAUAUGCUGCCGGCAAUUAGUCGUCUGGAGAUCCCUCGCUGCUACUUUGGGGAUGCGCAUCCCUGCUCGUAUGACUCGUUGCAGUUGCAUAUUUUUACCGACGCCAGCGAGUUGGGCUACGGCUGCGCGGCAUACUUUCGUAUCGUGUACAACGGAACGGUGCGAUGUUCGUUAGUAAUGGCUCGUAGUAAGGUUGCGCCGCUCAAAUAUCUCUCUAUCCCGAGAAUGGAACUACAAGCGGCGCUUUUGGGAGCAAGAAUGCUGCGUACUAUCAGCGAAAACCAUACCUUGCCAAUUAAUGAGAAAUACAUCCACACCGAUGCAGAAGUAGUUUUGGCUUGGAUCCGUUCCCAACAUCGUAACUAUAAACAAUUUGUCGCAUAUCGAGUGGGAGAAAUUUUGUCUCUAACUAAGCCCUACAAUUGGCGACAUGUGCCAUCUAGGGAGAACCUCGCAGACUGCUUGACUAAAUGGGGCAAAGAUACAGAACCGGACUCCAACGGAAGGUGGCUUAAUGGAAAAAACUCGUUCCUUUAUCGUGACAUGCAUAGUUGGCCGAAGCAGAAGCAAAUUGCCGAAACUAGCGAGGAACUUAGGGCACAUAUUCUACUGCACCAUAUAUCAGUACCAGAAGGGCUUGUAGACAUCGCACGAUUCUCGAAAUGGAGAGUGCUACUUAGGGCGGUGGCGCUAGCUCUUCGUUUUAUAUCAAACUGCCGUCGUAAAUCGAAUAAAUUGCCAAUCGAGGUAGUGAAGGCUACGGAGAAUCAAAGAAGAUGCUUAUUGAGAUCGAUUCCUGCUGAGGUCGUUCCUCUACGUCAAAAUGAGUACUUACUAGCAGAACAUAUUUUGUGGCGUUUAGCACAAACCGAUUGUUAUCCAGAUGAAAUCAGAACACUGUUAAAUAACCGGGACGAAUCAGAUCCUAUCAAGUUGUCGAGUAUCGAGAAAUCCAGCCCCCUUUACAAACUGUCUCCCUUUGCCGAUGAAUUUGGUGUCAUUCGAGUAGAGGGACGGACCGCCAACGCGAGCUACGCCACAUUCGACGCUCGCUUUCCAGUGAUACUGCCGAAUAAUCACUCAAUCACUAAGUUAUUGGUCGACGACUAUCAUCGCCGAUACGGUCAUGCUAACCGUGAGACAGUAGUUAAUGAGGUCCGUCAACGCUUCCACAUAUUUAACUUGCGAUCAACUAUAGACAAAGCGAUGAAGAGUUGUCAGCGUUGUAAAAUAGCAAAAUGUCAACCCCGGAACCCUCGUAUGGCUCCACUUCCUCUUGAGCGCUUAACACCACAUGUACGACCGUUUAGCUAUGUGGGCGUAGAUUAUCUUGGACCCCUGGAGAUAUCAGUAGGACGUCGAAAGGAGAAGCGAUACGUGGCCGUCUUUACCUGUCUUGUUACCCGUGCUGUACAUUUGGAGGUAGCACAUAACCUUUCAACUGAUUCUUGCAUCAUGGCUAUACGUAGAUUUGUCCGAAAGCGUGGACCACCGGUUGAGAUAUGCUCGGACAACGGGACUAACUUUGUUGGUGCUAGCAACGAAUUGGCCGAACAAAUAAGGAACAUCAACGGCGAAUGCGCCGACACAUUUACUGAUGCACGCACUAAGUGGACGUUCAACCCCCCUUCUGCACCCCAUAUGGGGGGUGUGUGGGAACGGAUGGUAAGGAGCGUUAAAGAGGCAAUGCGCGCACUCGACGAUGGGCGUAGACUGAAUGACGAAAUCCUACUGACAGUCUUAGCAGAAGCGGAAAGUUUCAUCAAUUCUCGGCCACUGACUUACAUGCCUCAAGUAUCAACGGAUACCGAAGCGAUCACGCCCAAUCAUUUCAUUUUGGGGAGCUCAUCCGGAGCACAGGAUCCAUUAGGCACUCCAACGAACUGGGCCUCUGCGUUGAGGAGCAGUUAUCAGCGGUCACAAUUCCUAUCGGACGCAGUCUGGAAUCGCUGGUUGAAAGAGUACUUUCCAACUUUGAACAAGAGAUCUAAAUGGUUUGCAGAGAGUAAGCCAGUGAAAGUGGGAGACUUGGUGUAUGUGGCCGAUGGACAUCGACGAGCGUGGAUACGAGGUAAAGUUCAACAAGUGAUCUUCGGAAGUGAUGGCAGGAUCCGCCAAGCGAUUGUUCGAACAGCUAGCGGCAGAGAGCUGAAGCGUCCGGUUGUUAAGUUGGCGAUCAUGGAAGUAACAAGCGGUGAAUCCUACGAGGACCUUACAGGACCCCAACAGGAUUCACAAGGCGGGGGAUGUUCUGGCACCACUGCUGGGCGAGCAGACGAACUGCGUUGA